CGGCAGACGUUUGUUGACAGCAACGCCGCUUAAGUUUCAUUUUAUWGUCUUGGUAAAAAUGGCAUCGUCCAAUUCAUAUAAACUCAGGUGCUCCAUCCCGGGCCACGAGAUGGACGUGAGGGGUCUCGCCAGUGCUAGUUUUCCCGAAGGAGCGUUCGUGUCUGUGUCCAGAGACCGAACCGGAAGAGUUUGGGUGCCGAACUCAAGGUCACGAGGACUGUGUGAGAGGGCUGGCAGUGAUCAGCAGCACAGAGUUCCUCUCCUGCAGCAACGACACGAGCAUCAGACGGUGGCAGGUGACGGGUGAAUGCGUGCAGGUCUACUACAGUCACACCAACUACAUCUACAGCAUAGCCGUCUUCCCCAACAGCCAAGAUUUCGUCAGCACGGGAGAGGACCGGACUCUGAGGAUAUGGAGGCAGGGGGAGUGCUGCCAGACCAUCCGCCUGCCCGUUCAGUCCGUGUGGUGCUGCUGCAUCCUGCCCAACGGCGACGUCGCCGUCGGCGCCAGCGACGGCGUCAUCCGUGUUUUCACGGAAGCGGAGGACCGCGUGGCUGCCGCAGAGGACCUGCAGGCCUUCGAGGACGAGCUGUCCAAAGCCACCAUCGACCCCAAGACCGGCGACCUGGGGGACAUCAAAAUGGAGGACCUGCCUGGACGAGAACACCUGGAUGAGCCAGGGAACUGUGACGGACAGACGCGAUUGAUCAAAGACGGCCAGAAGGUGGAGGCGUAUCAGUGGAGCGUCAGCGACAGCCGCUGGCAGAAGAUCGGUGACGUGGUGGGGGGCUCCAACCAGCAGACGUCUAAGAACGUGACGUACGAGGGAAAGGAAUACGAUUACGUCUUCACCAUCGACGUGAACGAGGGUGGGCCGUCGYUGAAACUGCCUUACAACGUGGCGGAGGACCCCUGGCUGACGGCGCACAACUUCCUGCAGAAGAAUGACCUGAGCCCCAUGUUUCUGGACCAAGUGGCUAACUUUAUUAUCGAGAACACUAAAGGUCACGUGGUGGGUCCGGCCCAGCCUGAGGGAGGGGAUCCGUUCACAGGAGGAGCUCGAUAUAUUCCUGGAUCCGCUGACGACGGUCAGACAUUUGGGGCCGAUCCGUUCACAGGUGGGGGUCGAUACAUCCCAGGGUCCAACCCCAACCCCGGCGCUCCUUUAGGCGGGGCUGACCCRUUCACAGGAAAAGGCGCGUACUCCGCCGGCUCCGCCCAAAAGAUGCCAACCAACAUCUACUUCCCCAAGUUGGACAGUGUGACCUUUGAGCAAGCCAACUCCUCUCAGAUUAUAGCUAAAUUAAAGGAGCUGAACAGCGAGGCCCCUCCGGAGCAGAAACUCUCUGACGACGUUGUGGAAAAUCUGGAGAGGUUGUUGUUGUCGGUUUGUGGGUCGAACUCAUCCCAGCCUCCUCCGACCAUCCAGCAGAUCGACGUCCUCUGGAAGGCGUCACACUGGCCUGAAGACAUCGUGUUUCCCGUCCUGGACAUCCUGCGGCUGGCGGUGCGCCACCCGCAGGUGAACAAGAGCCUCUGCGGCGAGGCGGAGGGCGUGCAGCUGUGCAACCACCUGCUGAAGCUGAUGCGUCCCGAGAGCCGCCCGGCCAACCAGAUGCUGGCGCUGCGCACGCUCUGCAACUGYUUCAGCAGCGGGCCCGGCCGCGCCCUCCUCAUGGCGCAGCGCGACACGGUGCUGUCGCGCGCCGUCGACCUGGCCGCCGUCCGCAACAAGAACGUCCACGUGGCCCUGGCCACGCUGGUGCUCAACUACGCUAGCUGCCUUCACAGCCAGCCCGACCUGGAGGCCAAGGCUCAGUGCCUGUCGGUGGCCAGCAGGGCCCUGGAGACCGUGCAGGACAGGGAGGCCGUGUUCAGGCUGCUGGUGGCCCUGGGGACCACUGUGGCCUCCGACGAGAUGGCCCGGGACUUGGCACGCUCCCUCGGCGUCGGCUCACAGAUUUCUAAAUACUCUGCCGUGUCGGACCCGUCCAAGGUGGGCGAGUGCUGCCGGCUGGUUAUGAAAGAACUCCACUGAGGUGUAUAGUUUCUAAUACUCCCCUGAGUCUGGUUGUGAGGGAGGGGAAAUACACUUGUAUGUUCUGCAAUAAAAAAAAACACGAAAAGAAAAGAAAAGAAACAAACACUUUCUAA